AUGGUUCGAAGGAGAUAUCUCGUUCAGGUCCUACUGGGCCUGAUCUUUGGGAUCCAUGCGGAGAGUUCCAUGGAGAAACAUUCCCUUAGAGCAGCCAAAGUAGAUGCUGCCAGCUUCAAGUCACAAAUUCGGGAUGCCAUGGAUGAGGCCUUGGGCUGUGGUGGUGAGAUCACUGAGGAGCAUUUGAAGGCUAUUGAGGAGGUCUUACAUCCGAUGUACAUCACCCUGCCCAAGAACAGCUAUGGCCGUAUCGAGCGGCGAUCCCUCAGAUACCUGGCAUACCGCUACUUCCACCGGAAGUCCGCUUUGGUAGUGCAUGGCUUUGAGCCCACUCGAGUUGUGAAUGACUCCAGCUGGGGCGUGGCUCAAAUCUUGAGUGAGCAGGUUCCUGGCUUCGUGGAAUCAGUGCUGCAGUCUACGUCAGAGCAUGGCUUCGACAUCCGAGAUGCAGCACUCAUGGUGAGCACCCUAGAGCAGUUGAUCUUCGAUUCGGAGAGCACUCUGCUGGGGAAGGUGCUACAAGGGGGGACGACCAUGGAAUGCAUGGAAGCCGAAAUUGGAAGCGCUGAAAGGUUGAGCUGA